AUGGCUUCCCCUAUUGGAAAAAGUGGUGCAAGGAAAAGACCUCUUAUCACUUGGUAUCUACUUGAAAUAAUUUUACCAGGAGGCCCUUCUCCUACGCCACUUUGUCCCUUAGCGGAAGCAGACUUUGCUCGUCAGUGUACGUACAUCCUCAUCUCGAGUCCUGGUGCUCUGCUGAUGUACGGGCAUCAAGUCAGUCCCUGCACGAAGAAAUAUUGCGGAGCUGGACGGGAAUGCGAGAUCUCGCCGAAUGGCACCGUGGCCCUUUGUGUCUGUAUGCGAAAAUGUCCCCGAAGGCAUCGACCGGUGUGCGCUAGCAAUGGUCGAAUCUAUGCCAAUCACUGCGAACUGCACAAAGCAGCAUGCAACGGGGGAUCGUCGUUGACUAGAAGCAGACUUAUGAGAUGUCUGCACCACGAAACGGUAAAUAUAGCAGACUUACGAUUGAAUCCCUCAGACAUCGAAAACGCCCACAUUCGAAGGACCAUUCACGUGAACCGGACGUCAACAAAGGUCGGGCAGGUGAUCACUUAUCCCGGAUCCAGAAAUCGAAAGAAGGACAGCCCGAAAGACAACUCGAUCCCGGAGAAAGAUGAUGACUCGGAGGAGCCGAACGAGUGCUCGAACCAAGAAUACGAAAUAAUGAAGGACAAUUUGCUGUUGUACAACCACGCAAGAUUAAUGGCCCAGGACAACCAUAGCAAGGAAUAUCUCGUCAGUAUAAUGUUUUCUCACUACGAUCGAAAUAACAACGGUAACUUGGAACGCGAGGAAUUGGAACAGAUCACGGAAAACGAGGAUCUGGAGGACUUGUGCCGAGGCUGCAGUCUCGGCCACAUGAUCAGCUACGACGACACGGACGGGGAUGGAAAACUGGACGUGAACGAGUUUUACAUGGCGUUCAGUAAACUUUACAGCGUCUCGGUGGUAUCUCUCGACAAAUCUCUCGAAGUGAAUCACAUCUCGGCCAGCGUGGGCGAUAACAUUGAUAUCAAGUGCGAUGUCACCGGCACACCGCCGCCCCCAUUAGUAUGGCGGCGCAAUGGGGCCGAUCUGGAAACUUUGAACGAGCCCAAGAUCCGAGUUUUCAACGACGGCAGCCUUUAUCUGACGAAAGUGCAGCUAAUGCACGCUGGGAAUUACACCUGUAACGCGAUUAGAAAUCAGGACGUUGUGCAAACGCACGUACUGACCAUUCACACUGUCCCCGAGGUAAAAGUGACACCGGUUUUUCAAUCGAAACGCUUGAAGGACGAGACAACCAUAAAGUGUCAUGUGGCCGGUGAACCACUUCCGCAGGUGCAGUGGCUGAAAAAUGACGAGCCCUUGAACCACGAUCAACCGGACAAAUACAAUGUCAUUGGUAACGGUACGAAACUGAUCAUCAGGAAUGUCGAUUACGCUGAUACUGGUGCCUACAUGUGCCAAGCGAGCAGUAUCGGUGGCGUCACCAGGGACAUUAGCAGUUUGGUCGUUCAGGAGCAACCGACGCCGACCACCGCUAGCGAGGAACGCAGGUUCUUCACAUUCCACGAGUGGGGCAUUUUGGUGUACGAGCCGUCCGCGUGUCGGCUACGACACGUAAUUCGGUCCACUGACAUUAUUCCUGGUACUCAGGAACACGUCUGCGGAGUCAUGGGCGUCCCUUGCUCUUGGGGCCAAGCGAUAAACGUAGCAAGUCGAUACGUCUAUGUCAGCCAGCCAGACAAAGACCGGGUGCUCGUUAUCAGCGAGAUACAGAUGGUGGUCGUCGACGUGAUACCCACCGAUAAAAAGCCUGUCCAGCUUUGGUACGUCCCCUUUCUCGAUCAGGUGUGGGUCUUGAAUUGGCGAAGCGAAGAGGAUAUCGGUGUGAAAACCGUGCAAGUGAUCGAGGACGCCAGUCAGAAGAAGAAACACCAAGCCAUCCGACCGGAGCCCAUCGAUGCGCAGUUCGACAUUAUCCAAAACAUUUAUAUUCCUGAGCCACAGGACAUCGAGGAUACAUUCAAGUACGGUUACGUGAGUCACACGAACCAACGGAGCAUGUACAAGCUGGACCUGAAAAACAUGAAGUACACACGAAGCGCCGAUUUGAGUUCUUACAAUUGUGUCCCGGUGAAUGUUCAAUUUUCGGUUCUCUACGGUUUCGUCAUAAUCGAGUGUCAGGAGCCGAUUACCAAUCGUCCAACGGGUCAACUGUUAUUAGACUACCUCACCGACACCGUCCUAGCUCACAAACCGAAUCUCCUGGGAAGACCGACAAUCUCGCCUGAUUCCAGACACCUUGUCACUUUGGCCAAGCAGAAUUCAGGGGUGACGCUCGUUGUACAAGAAAUAUCACCUGAUGGAUUAAACUUCGCGUUUGACGUGAAAACAACGUUAAAUAUCAGUGACAUUGCGCUCUAUCCAUCGCAGACGACCCACGGCUACGAUAUCUACGCGUCGUCCAUUGAUAAAGAGGACAUCCUUUUCCUCGACCUCUCUACUGGCAAAGUGGAAAUGAUAACCGGCGUAGGAAAAGCCGCGCCAGCAAAUUUAACCAAAUGGGGCAAUCCGAAUAGACCGAUCGUACAAAGCGGCAUAUUCGGCAAGUACAUGGUCAGCCCGUCGAACGAUGCGUUGUUCGUCCUGAACGGAGAGACUAGAACAAUAAACUGCGAGAUCGGCGGCUUGGUACAUCCCGGGUCAGUGGUAUGGUUCACAGUGUCUUCGCAUUAAAGAACCGAGAAAAUAUUUGUUCGGCCAACGAUACACACACAGAACGUUUAGAUGUAGUCGAAGAAACUAAAUAGACCGCGCGCCGGAAACACGGAUGGCGAACGAGAACAUGUACGAUGGUAUCACCGCGUUGUUCGAUCGAUAAGAAUUAGUACAUAUACGAUUGUAGCAUUUCCUUUUGUUCGGAUUAGAAGAAGGAACGGUUGAAAGAAAUUUUGAGAAAUAUAUUCUAACACCAACACCAUUAACUCGUGGUUAAAUCGUUGAAUCGUUAAAAGAACGGUUUUUUUUUCCGCGGAUACGACGCGCUCGUCCAACAAUUUGCGACACGUAUUUUUUGGACACCAUCGUCGAGCAGCGUGUA